CUUAUCGUAUCGAAGUCGAUCGUUACCUAUACUUGGAAUUUAAAAUAUAAAUAUAGAAUAAUUAGUGAUAAUUAAUUAAGACCGUGUUAUUGUAGUUCAUAAUUCCGUCAGCAGUCGCCGGUCACAAUAUCCACUAUCCAGUAUCCAGUUGAAUUGGUCGUCACUCGUCACUCGUCAGUCGUCAGUCGUCACCGCUUGCGCUUAUGUACACUGCACAGCAGUAUUGAUGGUUAUAUGGUUAUAUCACAGAAUUCUGUGGUUAUAUCAUAUACCUAAUUAUAGUAUAGCGAUGUGCGAAUUAUUGUUCACCGAGUGCGAUUCUUACGACCGUGCAACAUGUGGUAUGUUACUAUGUUGACAGUUUGACACUCGCGAUCCAUAUCUGUUGCGUUUCGCGCGUUAGUAAAAUUUAAAAAUAAAGUCUUUGACUUUUUUUAGUUAAACUGUUACAAUAAAUUGUCGUGGAUCAUCAUAUUGCUUCGACAUGACGUGCGAUAAACUCAAUGAUAUAGAAGUUAAAUGUUGGAAUGCCUAUAUUUCAUAUUUUUAUUCAUUUAAGAACUUUUAUAUACAAAACAAAAAUGAUCAACAGGUUAUUCAAGAAAUAACAACAAGUCUUCAACUUAUUGAAAAUGAAGAUUCAGUAUUGGUUUCUAUGUUGCCUGGAGAUCUAGUUGCUGCUAAAUAUGAAAAUGAUGGUCUUUGGUACAGAGCUAAAAUUUUGAAUAUUGAGCAAAAUACUUUUACUGUUCAAUUUAUUGACUACGGAAAUUCAGAGGUAUCAUCAAAUCUUAAGAAACUUCCUAGCAAAAUAGCUUGUUACCAUGCAAUGGCAUAUCAUUGUAUGCUCGAUGAUGUAGACCAUGAAGAAUAUGUAAUUUCAACUGAAAAUGAUAUAUAUGAUAUAAUUUUUAAUUUUUUAGGAUCUGUUGAAGUAGUUGUAACUUUUUUAAGCAAUGAAGAAACAUUUUUGGUGAAUAUGAAGUGGGAUAAUAGAUGUAUAAAAACAUAUGUAAACAAUAUUAUUUCAUAUGGACUUAUUCCAAAGACAUAUGAAAUUUUGAAGAAAAUUGAUCAGUCUAAUGCAAAAAUGGUUGUAAACCUUAUUUAUGCUCAGUCAAUAAAUGAAUUCUAUGUAGAAACUGAAGAUAGUAAAGAAAUACAAAAUAAAAUUGAAAAUAUACUUGAAAAUGAAACUGUUUGGGAACCAUUGACUGAAUAUAAAAUUGGUAAGAUGGCAAUUGCAAAAAGUUUAACCGACAAUAGAUGGUAUAGAGUAAGGAUUUUAAUGAUACAUGAGGGAGGUGAAUGUACUUGUUAUUUCAUAGAUUAUGGAGUACAAGACAAAUGUUCUGAAUUUUAUAAAGCAGUUGGUUAUUUAAAAUUGGCUCCUCCAUUUAUUAAACUAUGUUCAUUACAUAUUCCAAGUAUAAAAAAUAAAAAAAAGUUGUUUGAUAGUUUAUCUAAAAGUUUUACUGAUGAAAUGGAACAAUACAAACAUAAAAAGAUGACUAUAGUUAUAGUAAAAACUGGCGAACCAUGUGUAGUAGAACUUUAUGUUGAUAAUUUUAAUGUUGCUAAACUAAUUGAACCUAUUCCAGUGAUUGUAUUUAAUGUUAUUCAUAUGAAUAUAUUAACAGUUCAAGUAAAUUCUUCUAGUAGACUUGCUGUAAUGAAUGAAUUAAGUAAAAUUAAAACUUUAAGUCCUGUUGAAAAACCAAAAUAUUGUCGCAUAUAUGGAGCUUUGGUUAACAAUCAGUGGUAUCGUGCAGAAUUAAAAAAUAAAUUUAAAGGUUCAAUGGAUGUAAUAUUGGUAGAUAUGGGAAGUAGUAUUAUAAAUGUAGAAAAAUUAUUUAAACUUCCUAACCACAUACAAAAUCUUAAGUACUUGACAUUACGUUGUUCACUUGGUUUAGAUGAGAAAUAUUUCAGUUUACAUAAACUGAAACUUAUAUGCAAUAGUAAAACAGAAUUUAUGAUGAUAGUAAAUAAAAAUAAUAAUACUGAUGGACAUCUUAUACAAUUAUUAUAUAAUGGUGUAGAUGUUGCUACCAUUAUUAAGAAAUAUUGA